GAUGUCUCUCUUUGUCUCUUGGACCUCACCCUCCUCACCUGCUGCUCCAUAAAAUGAUGGAAUCAUAGAGUGUCUUGGGUUUGAAGGGACCUUAAAGACCAUUCAAUUCCAAUCCCCUACCAUAGGCAGGGUUGCCACCCACUGGAGGUACUCAAGGCCAGGCUGGAUGGGGUAUCUACAGCUUCUCUGGGCAGCCUGUUCCAGUGCCUCACCACCCCCUGAGUAAAGAAUUUCUUCCUCAUAUUUAACCUAAAAUUCCCCUAUUUUAUUUUAAAGUCAUUCUGCCUUGUCCUAUCACUACCAGACUGUGAAAAAAGUUUGUUCUCCUCAUGCUUAUAAGCUCCCUUCAAGUACUGGAAGGCCUCAGUGAGGUCUCCCCACAGUCUUCUCCAAGCUAAACAAGCCCAUCUCACUCAACUUUUCUUCAUCAAAGAGAUGCUCCAGCCCUCUGAUCACCUCUGUGGCCCUCCUCUGGACCUGCUUGCCCUGCUUGCCACCCCUCUUGAUGCAGCCCAGGAUACCAUCAGCCUUCUGGGCUGCAGUGACACACGGCUGGCUCAUGUCCAGGUUUUUGUCCAUCAGGAUCCCCAGGUCCACGUAGCUGCUCUCAAUGCAUCCUUCUCCCAGUCUGUACUCACAUCUAGGAUUGCCUCAACCCAAGUGCAACACCUUGCACUUGGCCUUGUUCAUCCUCAUUUGGUUCAUGUGGGCGUGCUUUUCAAGCCUGUUCGAGUCCCUCUGGAUGGUGUUCCUCCCUUCUGUUCUGUCAGCUGCACCACUCAGCUUGGUAUCGUCAGCAAACGUGCUGAGGGUACACUCCAUCCCACUGUCUGUGUCACUGAUGGAUCUCUGAGGGACACCACUCAUGACCAGCCUCCACCACAGAGCCAUUGACCACAACUGUCUGGCUGUGAUCAUCCAGCCAAUUCUUUAUCCACUGAAUAGUUCAGCCUUCAAAUCCAUAAUUCUCCAGUUUAGAGACAAGGAUGUGGUGUAGGACCAUGCCAAAGGCUUUGCGCAAAUUUAAGUUUCGGUGAUAUCAGUUGCCCUUCCUUUGUCCACUGAUGCCUUCACUCAUUCAUAGAAGGCCAUCAGAUUGAUCAGACAUGAUAUGGCCUUGGUGAAGCCAUACUGGCUGUUUUGGAUCACCUCCACAUCUUGCAUGUGCCUUAUUAUCUCUUCCAGGAGGAUCUGCUCUAUGACCUUCCCAGGAACAGAUGCAAAGCUCACCAGCCUGUAGUUCACCUGGUCUUCCUCAAAGAUAGAAGAGGUGUUUCCCUUUUUUCAGUCACCAGGGAUUUCACCUGACAGCCAUGAGUUUUUCUGUUUUUUUUUUUUGUUUGUUUGUUUGUUUUGGUCAGACCCCCUCUGGCUCUUUGUGUCUAAUUUUACCUCUCCAACAAGAAAGAGCUGUUAGCCCAGGGUGAGGGCUGGCAUCAGCCUCUUCUCUCCUGGAGCAAAGCUGCUUGACUCUCCUGGCACCAUGCUUUCAGAAUUCCUUAAAGGUAAAAAUAAAAAUACAAAGGAGUGAGUAAAUAGAAUGGACACACCGAUCCAGAUAGGUUGUGCCAAUCUGGUGAUGCUGACUACUGGCUUUGCUGUUGAAAGCUCCUUUCUUUGCUGCCCAGUGACCCAUACUGAAUUGAGCCCGGUGGUUAGAAGUCACAUGUUGUGCUACCUUGUGUGUGACAUCUUAGACUUUCAACAUUUGGGUAGGUGUCGGUUAAUUCUUUUAAGCCCUGACUGAAAUAAAAAAAAAAUCCUUCUAUUAUUACUUUCUGACGUACUCAGUACAUAACCUGUAAUUAUUUCAAAAAAUACUUGUAAGUUUAAUUGGCAUAUUCUCUCCUAUUUCUUUGCUUUAAGUCUUUAAAUAGAGAAUCUUUCACCAGGGGAAUCUAUCUCAUUUUUAAUGCUGUUAUUCUCAUUAAGUAUCUGUUCUGUGAGGUACUCAUUUGUUGCUGAACCAGUUGGUAAAAACUAAGGUUUUUUCUAAAGGAUGUGUUUGAUCUUAUUUUACAUGCGUGCUUAUUUUAACAUUUUUGAGGUUUGGGUUUUUUUUUUCAUGUGUGUAUGUCUAGAGCAACGUUAAUAUUAAAAUACAGCGUGUUCCUCUGUAGAUCUUACAGCUGCUAAGGCUAAGAUGCGGUUGCAUCCCUAAUAGUGGAUUUUGGAGGUUCUUUUGGAAAAUGACUGUUUCAGGUUCUUACUAUUAUGGCCUUACCUUCACGUCAGAUGGCACUUGAUGGCAGACACAGGCACAGCCCUGUAGCUGCUUGGCCCCAUAUUCAUCAAGUAUUUUUAAAACUUUCUCGAAGUGUUGUAGCGACAGAAAUGAUAGCAAAUGAAAUUCUUAUGGAAGGAGUUCCACUAAUUCGAAGAGCUACAUCAGAGCUUUAGAAAUGAAAAUGAGUAGAUAAGACAUUCCGCAGUUCUCUUUCUAAAGGAUUUCAUCCUUUUUUAGUACCUCAGUGCUGUAAUAAUGUAAUUGGUCUUUUUCUUCUUCUUUCUUAUCAGCUGUAGAUAGAUGUAGACCAAUCUUUCAUCUGUGCAAACUCAGUGAAGCCGGAAACAGAUAUUUUGUUAAGUGUAAUUCCCUUUGUUAAAUUCAUUUCUAUCUGCAUUGCCCUGUGACCUUUUCAUCCACGUCACCAACAUUUCUGAAAGCUGAAGGGGACCAAUAUAUGAAAGUACAGAUUGUGCCCCUAAUCUUAAUUUUAAAAGGAAAACUAUCAAAUACCUUGUCAAAGAAUGGAAUGUAUCUUUAUUGCUGGUUGUUACCUGGGGUACUUUGUUAGGUAACAUCAUUUAAAAAAUGGUUUGUUUUCUCAGAAGAAAUAUGUACUUUUCUGUUACAAAGAUUUCUCUUGGACUUGGUCUUUUCUUUCCAACUGAUUCUGUUAUGAAGCAUGUCUGUAACACCAGUGGCACUAUCAGAGAUGCCAGGGUGUGCUGCAGUGCUCACUGUGGCUCCUUGCCACAGGUCAGCUGCCACUACAAGGAAGUGCUUCCCCAUUGCCUCCCAGGCUUCUUCCCACUUUUAAUUAUUCCUUCUGCAGGAACCUUUGGAAUGUGUUUUCCACAAUAAACAAACCACAGAGUGGUUGAGUAGAGCAUCCACUAAAUAGGGUUAGAAACUUGAGCUAAUACAGAGCACAGCUUUGUCUUUGCCUAGGCAGGCCAGUUCUGGGGAGAACGUCAUGCCAGCAUGCUUGGAAAAGUGUAUUUUAUGUUCUAUUUCAUGGAUUUCUGGGUAGAUCAAAUUUUCAGCUAUUUCUUAGCAGGUUGGGUCUUGUGUUUUUGAGAGAAUGCUGGUGGCCCUGCCAUCGUGCUGCUGUUGAGUUUGGUGUCAGCACACAUGCGCUGCUCCCUUGCCUUGCUGAAGACUGGCUUCGUGGUGGGCUUGGGCUCUACAGCAUACCGUACACUGGGCUCAGAUCAAGUUCAGUUUGUCCUGUGGGAGCUGCCCUGAGGUUGGGUGUACAUGCAUCAUGAAUGAAUCUGCCUCCAGCGGAAAUGGCCAGGAGUUUGAUGUAUUUAGUGUUAUGGACUGGAAGGAUGGCAUAGGUACAUUGCCAGGAAGUGACCUGAAGUUCAGAGUGAAUGAAUUUGGAGCCCUGGAGGUGAUUACAGAUGAAAAUGAGAUGGAAAGUGUCAAAAAAGCCAUGGCUACCACCACCUGGAUGGUUCCAACUGCUCAAGAAGCCUUUUCAGAAAAGACAGGGAUCUCCACAAAGUUGAAGGAAACUGCAAAAAUGGAUGGACUUGUUUUCUGUGAAAACUGUUAUCACUAUGGUACUGUAGAAGAAUUUGUUCCUGAAGGGAAAUUUUGCAGCCAAAAAUGUGCCCAGCAAGUAAAAAACAAGGAACCAAAGGAGGAAAAGCCCAACAUGGAAUGCAAUGGUGAUGAUGAAUCCAAAGUCAUUCGGAAAAGAAAAACAAAAUUACCUCUCAAAGAAGAGUCCAGGGAUAAUGAGGAGAAGAAAGAGAAUCCUGAUGAAACUGAGGAUAAAUCUGAAGGCAGAAUUUUGAGAGUCUCGCAGAGAGCCAGGAGAAAAAGAAAAGGGGAAAUAACAGUUUUGAAACAAACUGUAUCCUCCAAAGGGAAGCAAGCGUGGUGUUGGGCAUCCUAUCUAGAGGAAGAAAAGGCGAUUGCAGUACCUACUAAGCUUUUUAAAGAGUAUCAAUCUUUCCCGUAUAACAAAAAUGGAUUCAAAGUAGGGAUGAAGCUGGAGGGUGUGGAUCCAGAGCACCAGUCAAUCUAUUGUGUUCUCACUGUGGCUGAGGUUUGUGGCUAUAGAAUAAGACUCCACUUUGAUGGAUACCCAGACUGUUACGAUUUCUGGGUGAAUGCUGAUUCUUCAGACAUUCAUCCUGUUGGAUGGUGUGAAAAAACAGGUCACAAGCUUCAUCCGCCAAAAGGAUAUAAAGAAGAAGAAUUCAACUGGCCUUCAUAUCUAAAGGCGUGCAAGGCUCAAGCUGCCCCUAAAUCUCUGUUUGAAAACCAGAAUGCAACAGUGAUUCCAUCGGGAUUUCGAGUAGGGAUGAAGCUGGAAGCCGUAGACAAAAAGAACCCUACAUUCGUUUGUGUUGCUACGGUAACAGACAUGGUGGACAAUCGUUUUCUGGUUCAUUUUGACAACUGGGAUGAGAGUUACGACUACUGGUGUGAGGCAGCUAGCCCACAUAUUCAUCCUGUUGGGUGGUGUAAAGAACAUAAAAGAACUCUUAUCACCCCACCAGACUACCCACAUGCUAAGCAUUUUUCUUGGGAGAAGUAUUUGGAAGAAACCAGCUCAUUACCUGCACCUGCUAGGGCUUUUAAAGUGAAACCUUCUCAUGGCUUCCAGAAAAACAUGAAACUUGAAGUGGUCGACAAGAGAAAUCCAGUAUUUAUCAGAGUAGCAACUAUUGUAGAUACUGAUGACUAUAGAAUAAAAGUCCAUUUUGAUGGCUGGGAUAGUAUUUAUGAUUAUUGGACGGAUGUGGAUAGUCCUGAUAUCCAUCCUGCAGGCUGGUGUACAAAAACUGGACACCCUCUUCAGCCUCCACUGAGUCCCUUGGAGUUGGUGGAAGCCUUGGAGCAUGGAGGAUGUCCCACGGCAGGAUGUAAAGGAGUUGGACAUGUUAAAAGAGCAAGACAUAUUGGCCAUCAUAGUGCAGUCAGCUGCCCAUACUCCGAGAUGAACUUGAACAAAGAAAGCCUCCUACCCGAUCGGCUCAGCGGGGAGUUACCUGCAGCCAAUCCUGUCCCCAGAAACAGAAGAGUGGAAGCAAGGGAAAGAUCCCCCUCUCCUAUAAUCAAUGACAGAAAAUGCCCGAGCCCUGGUCACAUAGGCACAAAAUCUGCAGCUCAUAAUCGAUCAUCUGGGAAAACUGUAUCAGAAACAACUAAGCAGGAAGACAGAGAAAGUGCAUCUCCUUGCAAGAAGUCCCUGUUAUGUGAUGUGAAAGAAAAGAAGCCACCUGGAGGAGUACUACAGACAAAGGACUCCGUAAAGAACAAAGAGUGUGAAGAAAAAGAGACAGAAAAUAACCUGCUCAUUUCAAAUGAAAUUAAAGUUAUUGAAGAACCCAACACCCAGAGGCUUCUGUCUCAACCAGUUGUUGUGUCUUCAAAGCUGCAAAUCCCUGGCCUACCCUUGCGCUGGGAACAGCAAAGCAAGCUCCUGCCAAGUGUAGCUGGGAUCCCAGCCAGUAAAGUUUCUAAGUGGAGUACCGACGAGGUCUCUGAAUUUAUACGGAGUUUACCAGGAUGUGAAGAACAUGGCAAGGUAUUUAAAGAUGAGCAAAUUGAUGGAGAAGCAUUUCUGCUAAUGACCCAAUCAGACAUAGUCAAAAUAAUGAGCAUUAAACUGGGACCAGCCCUAAAAAUCUUUAAUUCCAUUCUGAUGUUCAAAGCUGCAGAGAAGAACUCACACAAUGAACUUUGAAGAUAAUGGAAAACGUGUACAAGCCAGCUUCCUCCAUUGGAGCUCAUGUUUUAUUCAAAGCACAAAGACUCACCAGAAUUAUUGAGUAAGGACUCUCAGAAAGGAAGAAAAGUAUGUUCUGCACUGGUGGACUAUUCAUAUUCUCCUAGAGCCAGUAUACAUCUGAAUCCUUCUGGGAAGUGCUCGUGCUUUUAAGAAGGUACUUUUUAACAACCAAGUCAGCUAGUCUUAUUUACCAAACUAAUGGCGAUAAUUCUCCAUGGAGGGUUAGAAUCUCUAAUGCUCUCUGGCAUCAAGAAAAAACGUUCAUUGAUUAUUUAUGCUGUAUUAUAUAAGGGAACAUUAAUAUUUUCUAAGAAUUCCUGAAUUCUGCUUCAUGUACCCAUUUUACUUUUUGGUAGCUAUUGUUUCUUACCAUCGAAAUAAAAAAAUGAUUAGCCAAAAAUUAGGCUAUGGGUAGCCAGGUGAGACUGUUAUGGCUAAUACAAGUUUGUGCCAUAGUUUAAAAACGAAACAGUUAAUGUUACAUACGUGACACUUUAUGCUACGGCAUAUAACUUUACAGAUUAUAAAACUGUCUGUUUGCUUGUAACAAAACAAACCUUGUUGGGGUUGAAAUUAUAAUGCUUUUUUGAUAACUGAAUGUUUUUACUUUUGCACGAUUACAAAAAUGUUAUGUGAGUUUUUCCACCAGCAUCUUUAAUGUAUUUUACCAAAAGAUCAGUAUAGAGAAGGCUGCAACUGAAAAAUAAAGUUUGAACUUCAUAGAAGACAUUCAUUUAUGCUGCACAAUAGAGCCCCAGCCUUUUACAUGGGAGCCUACUUACAGUCCUUCCACACAUGAAGGAAGAUACAUGUAUUUUGAGGUAAGACUAUUAGCAAAAAAAUAAAAUAUAUUUAUUCAUGUCUGCACAUGCUAGUCUCCAGUAUACUUACCAAAACAGUGGAGAAAAAGUGUGCUAAAGCUAGGACUGCUACUCUGGCUUCAUAUUCAACAUAAGCUUGUAUUCCUAGCGGUGGGAGAAUUAUUUACACCACCACUUCCUAGUUGAAAAAUCUGAUUUAUAAAUGAAUGAAGCAUAGUGGGAAAGCCAAAGCAUGGAGGGAAAAGCUACUUAAACACAUAUCAUGCAUAGGCAUGAACUAGGUAAAAGGCAUGGGUUUCACCAGGUCAUUAGCAAAGCUGCAGAUUCCACUAGCAGGUACUUGGAGGCUUAUUAUGUCAGGGAAAUUUGUUGCACUUGGUAUAUAUACGUAAGAUGUAAACCGGAUGCACUUUACACUGGAGGAAGCCUAGCUGCUAAUAUAUCAGAAUUUUGCUUUUACAAGAAGAGAGAGAAGAGUUGGAUCAAGCUUUUGGCAGCCCUCUUCUUAGUACUGAGGUGGGCAGUUGCUCAGACUGUAGUUAAGAGAAGUGUUUCCAUUGCACAGAACUUGGAGAAUUUUAAAUCUUCCCACAGAUUUUGCUAGGCUGUUCUUUGGCUGAAGUUCCUUAAGAUUUCAAGAACCCUUUGUGCCCCUUCCAGAUCACACUGGUGACUGGUACCUGCCAUAAUAUGAGGUAAAACAGGGUCAGUAUGAAGUAAGUUGCAUUGCUCUAUUAAUUUCCUUCCAUAGCAUUGCAUAAAUAAUAUUUUUACAUUUUGUUCAAUAUUUGUACAGUCAAAUUGCACUCUUAUUGUACAACAAUACAAAUAAAACCUGAAUUGGA